AUGGAAACUAUUGUAAAAAAGAAAAUUACAAUUACUCACAAACUAUCAUUACUGAGCAUUCUAGUGCCUUAUUAUGGAUACAUCAGCGAGUGAGCAGAGCUACUCCUCCAGCUAGAUAAGAAAUCCAGAGAGAUCUGGCUUGGAAGCCUCAAGCCAAUUCUUGGUGUAAUCAUGGACUUUAAAAAGAGCACUCUGAUAAAAGAGAUCAAAGGCGUGUUUACAAAGAGUAAUGCUAAUAGACUGCUAGCUUUUAAUAAUCAUCUGUACUUCAGUUUGAGUCUAAACCUCAAGUCAGUACAGUCAUUCAGAGCAAUUAUGUAUUUUAUAGAUCAGAUGGCCAUAUAUCAUAAGGAUCAGUUUUAUGAUAUCAGUAUUGAGCUUAACGAGCGAUCACUGAAUAGUUGACAGAGAUUCAUGGAGGCUUAUCUACGGAAAGGAUUUGAUUGAAGUCAUGUGUAUUUCGAUUAUGAGACUUGAGCUAUUUUGCUACAAAAACAUUGCAUAAAGAAUUCGUUUUACUCUUAUAACCCUUGUAUUGGGCUAGACCUGAUCCAUACUUUUGAGUCACUUUGAGAUCUCAAUAUCUCUGAGUCGGCUUUGGAGUUGAAAAAGUCUGGAGGGUCUAUGACUGAGAAUGUUCAAAGGAUGCUAGAGAAUAACUACAAACUUCUUUCGAUAACACCUCAAACUCUAAAAGAUCUGUAUAUGAAUAGAAAGACAGUCCAAUUUGAGCACAGAAUUUGUAGUAAUAUUCAAAUGGAUGUUGGACUUGACCCAUCAGAUUUAUUCAAUCAAGAGUAUCUGCGAAUGAUGAAGGGUUUAGAAAUAUUACUAAACUACGUUCCUAAUCUAUCCAAGGUUAGUUUCCACGAUAGCUCGAUGCUACAGAACUUGUUGUCUCAAUGUUUUAGUCAUAACUUGGGAAACUUUGUGAAACUACCUACGAUUAAGACACUCAAAUUUUACAAUAAUUAUGACCAGAGCGAAGAAAGAUUAGAUCUAAAAGUAAACAAAGCUGAAGUCAUAUACAUUGACCCUGACACCAACCAGUUGCACAUCUUUGCUGCUUCUACUCUCAAGAUAGGACUUUGUUCUGAUGAAUUCAGAGUCAUCGAAGAGUCUAGAAUUUUCAAGAAUGAGGGAGAAGAUUCAACACUAAAGAACGACCAGCUAGGAAUGCCUGUAUAUCUUCAAGCUGAGAGUGACAACCUCUAUAUAAGUAUUACAAACUUAGCUCCUCUAAGAGAUAGAGCAAAGAAAUCUAUGUAUAUGGAUAAGAUACAAAAACCAGACCAAGAUCUGUUUGAUUUCGAUAAUUAUCCACCAAUAAUAUUCAAGUUUUACCUAAAGGAUCUGGUUAUCAGACCUCAAAGGGAAGUUAAGCAGGUUAAUAACCUUGACGACAACUUAGCGUAUUGGAGGAUCAUUGAUAACUUAGAAGGGCCAUGUCCUUUGACAUAUUUCAAGAGUAGCCUAGCUGGAGAGAGACCUCAUUACACUUUCAAUGUAUUUAUUGAGCCUCCGAUAAGUUCUCAGACUGACUCGGAUUUGGAAGCCAAAGUUGACUAUUCACACUGACUUGAUGGGAUCCAGGCUCUUCCUGAGAAUGCUUUGUUGUCAAUCGUUGUGAAUACUUAUUUUGUGUUUAAUCAAGGCACUGUUGCUAAAUUUUGACCAAUAACUGGCGAAUACCUGGAAUCAGAUGAAGAGUUCAUCAAAGAAUACAGAAAAGAUAGUGCUGCAGACCAACUUUGUGAUCUUCUAGAAGCUCUUAAAGACACUCAUUUGCAAGAGUUUAGGUCUGAAGGAAUCAUUCACCAUGAUGAAGUAGUCCGGAAGGUUUGUGAGCUCUGAGAAGCUAAUCUUAGCAUCAAAGAUCUUGAGCUGAAUCUCGUUCAUAUUGAGCAUGUACAGCAGAUAAUGCAUUCUCUCAGAAAUAAUUAUAUGAUAAAAACUGUGAAAUUAAUGACUGAAGAUCAAAUCAAAGUGAAAUUUCCUAAGAAGAAAACACAAUCAGUGGAAGAGUUUGAGAAAGUUGCUAAACUUCACUCGGAGCUGCUCAAAUUCUGUGAAGAAUUUAGAGAUGCCAGGGUUGGAACUGAGAUAAUGCUGAACACGAAUCAUCCCAGAUUCACCAUAUCAGAUAAGAAGGGAUACCGACUUGACUACAGACAGUAGAAUUUAUUAGAAUUAAUCUUGU